GUGAGCAUGCCCAGUCGCAUCGUGGACGUCAACGGACGCUGGUUUGAGGCCCUGCGGACCACCACGCAGCAGCCCAAUUUGGAAUUCACCGGCGCUGCCAAUGCGAAACCCGUGGAUCCAACAAGGCAAUCCUUGCGUCGGGGAAUCUUCAAGCGACGUCCCUUGGAGCGACCCACGGAAG